AUGGCCGACAAGGAAGCUGUCGUGUACAUUGUCGAUCUUGGGUCGUCCAUGGCCGAUUGUCACAAUGGCAGGAUAGAAUCAGAUCUCGACUUCUCUAUGCGCUGGAUAUGGGACAAAAUCUCUACCACUGUUGCCGCCGCAAGGAAAACUUGGAACGUGGGCGUCAUUGGCGUAAGGACAAAUGAGACAAACACGGGCUUGGAAGACGAAGAUGGUUAUGAUAACAUCGCCAUACUCCAAGAACUCCAGCCCAUGGACUUGGCCAAGAUGAGGUAUCUGCAGACAAAGAUCAAGCCAAGUGAUAGUGACACGGGCGACUGCGUCUCUGCCCUCAUCCCUGCCAUUCAGAUGAUUGAGAAGGUCGCCCCGGCAAGGCUCAAGUUCAACCGCAAGAUCUUCAUGGUCACCUCCGGGGAAGCCCCUCUCGAUUUGGAUCCGGAUGAUAUCAGCAGCAUAGCUGAGAAGCUUCAAGACAACAAGAUCCAAUUGACAAUUUUGGGUGUUGAUUUUGACGAUGCAGAGUAUGGUUUCAAGGAAGAGGACAAGACAGAACAGAAAGCCACGAAUGAGAGGCUGCUAAAGAGCUUGGUUGAUGCUGUCGGUGAGGACCUGGCAACGUUUGGCACCAUUGCAGAAGCUGUCGAUGAGCUCGACAUGCCGAGACUCAAGCAAAACAAGCCAUACAAGACUUAUGACGGCGAUCUGGUUUUGGGUGAGCAUGCAGAAUCCAUGCGUAUCCACGUCGAGCGGUAUUUCAAGACGAAGAGGGCAGCACCUCCUACUGCCAGCAAUGUUGUCCUGAAGGUCAACCAUGGAUCACAGUCAACUGAGGCCCUUGAUGGCGAAGGCAUGGAAGGUGUCGAAUACGAGAAGGGCGGCGAGUUUGCCGCCGUCAAGAAUGCUCGCACGUACAAGGUCAAUGACCCAGAUGGACCAGGCGGCAAAAGGGAUGUCGAUUUCGAAGAUUUGGCAAAGGGAUACGCAUAUGGACAAACUGCUGUUCACAUCAGCGAGUCUGAAUUCAACAUCACCAAACUUGAGACGACCAAGGGCUUUUCCAUCAUUGGCUUCAUCCAGCAGGACAAGUUUGAACCCUUUCUCAAGUUUGGCGAGAGCUGUGUCACGGUAGCACAGAAGAAUAGCGACGCUGAUGCUUUGAAACUUUCGUCCCUCAUCCACUCUCUCCACGAGAACGAAUCGUAUGCUCUGGCCCGACUGGUCAAGAAAGACGGCAAUAAUCCCGAGCUGGUCUUGCUUGCACCCCACAUCGACGUGGAUUUUGAAUGUCUUUACGAUAUUCCCAUGCCCUUUGCCGAGGACGUACGGCAGUAUCCGUUCCCACCCCUUGACAAAGUGGUGACUGUCCAGAACAACGUCUUGACCAAGCACCGGUUCCUACCAUCCGAAGAUUUGCUCGAGGCUAUGGAUGAGUAUGUGGACGCCAUGGACAUUUCAACAUAUGCCUUGGACGAUGAAGGCGAGAGAACAUUGGAGUAUGCUGCAGUGGAUGAUACCUUUUCUCCUCCGCUCCACCGCGUCAAUCAAGUCGUCCGCCACAGAGCGAUCCACGCCGAUAAGCCGGUCCCGCCAAUGCCUCCCAUUCUGGUCAAGUACCGCAUUCCAGACCAUGAUCUCGUCGAAAAGGCAAAGUCGAAACUCGACGAUCUAAUUGCGACAGCCGAAGUGAAGAAAGUUGAAACCAAGGCAAAAGGCAAGCGUGGUGGUAAACAAGAACCAAAGGCGAGAAAACCGCUGUCUGGCUUGGACGUCGAUGCUCUGCUAAGGGAACCGGCCAACAAGCGCACAAAAGUUGAUCCAGACAAUGCCAUUCCAUCUUUCAAGCAGUUGAUGGAGUCAUCAGAUAACGACGAUGUGCUCCAAGAAGCGCCAAAACAGAUGGGGGCAGUGAUUCGCGACCUAGUGUCUGAGAGUUUUGGUGAUCUGAACUUUGACCGAGCGACAGAAAACUUGGGUGUUCUCCGCGAAUACAUGAUCCUAUUUGAGGAACCUCAAAGAUACAACGAUUUCCUGAAGGAUUUCAAAAAGAGACUCUUUACUGGCGCAUUAGGUGGAGAUAGGAGGGAAUUCUGGUUCAACAAUGUGAGGAAACCCAAGCUUGGGUUGAUCGACACUACAGAAUCCGAGUUUUCAAAAGUCACAACCGAGGAGGCUGCCGAGGCAAGUACUCGAACUUGGUGCAUUUCAGGAUUGCUGUUCCAUGCUAACAUUUUGCAGUUCUUGAAAUCCAACUUGAAAUAA